GUCCAGCGUGACCUUAACUUGCUGAGGCUCUUUAAAAAUCAAAUGAAUGAAAAUUAAGGAGACAAGCUCGUAGAUACAGGAUGAACACCGCUCUGAAGCACUGGAAGGAGGCGGCCACUCUCAUCUUAGCCGCCGGUAACAGACUCGGCGUGGACGCUUUAUCGUCGAGGACACCACCUGUCAGCGGCUGCUACGGACGGUCACACCUGCCGCACAAGUCCCGCUUUGAUUACGACGUUUUACUGCUAAAACGAAGCAGUAAAAGUGGAUUCAUGCCCAAUGCGUAUGUGUUUCCCGGUGGUAUGGUGGACUCUUCGGACUUUUCCAGUGAAUGGUUGGACAUAUUCAAAUCUUUCAGCGACUCACCUAAUUUCGGGUUGAGGGGCGUCAAACAGUCUGCGGAGACCAGACCUCCCAUCUUCGCCACCGAUCGGCUGAAACUGGGCUCCCCGAUCCCGGGAGAGGUCGCCUUCCGGAUCUGCGCCCUGAGGGAGACGUUUGAGGAGUCCGGUGUGCUCAUGGUUGUGCCCCAAACGGAGGAGGAAAGUUUGUUAAAAAGCACAGAAGACAGAUGUGCCACUGAUCAAAUCCUCCACUACAAGGUAAACGAUCUGUGCAGUAAUGAACUUACCAAGUGGAGGGCUUUGGUGAAUCAGAACCCCUCCAACUUCAUCAGGAUGUGCAGAGAAUUGCAGGUGUUGCCCAACAUCUGGGCUUUACAUGAGUGGGGCAACUGGCUGACUCCUGCCGGCCGAUACGGAGUGACGAGGUUUGACACAGCUUUCUUCAUCUGCUGCCUGCAGGAGACCCCCCACACACUGCAGGACCAGAGGGAAAUAGUGCGCUUUCAGUGGUCCACACCUUCAGAAAUCCUGCAAAGCUACGAGGCACGAGAGUUGUGGAUUGCCCCUCCGCAGUUCUACGAGCUCAGCCGCAUGUGCCGCUACCCUUUGCUGAGUGACCUCCACAAGUUUGCCAGCCAGCGAGCAAGAGAGGGCUGCGAGCACUGGCUGCCUGUUGUUUUAACAAAAGAUGAACAGUACAUAUCACUGCUGCCAGGUGACAAACUUUACCCGUUGAACAGUUCAGGAGAAACUGUCGUAGGUAAAAGCACAGACCCUCAGGUGGAGGAUCGUCAGGAUGAUUCUGCACUGCACCGCAUCCGUAUCUCAGAUCCAUACACUGUGACUUUACAGAUCACCAUCACACCCAAGUACAACCACCUGCUGCCUGUUGUCGGGUCAGCCGCACCACCUGACUCAAAAAGUGAGCUUUGAUUUGCUCCAUGUGCUGUACGAGCUCCUCAACUUCACUGUGCACACAUGAAGAAAAAAACUCUUAAAACAAUACAAUUUUAUUUUAUUAUUAUUAAACAUUCAUAUUUACAGCACUGUCUGAAUUAGUUUGAUCGUAUCAGAGAUGCCUCUUUCAUUGCAGACGUUUUGACAUGUUGUAGAGAAAGAAAAGUGCACAUGUCACCGAUAACACUAACAAGGCUGCACUCCAUUUGUGGGCUAGUUUGAUGGUUCUGGUACUGUGCAUGCUCACUCAGUCAUAGACUUAUAUACAUAGAUGCUGCAUCGACUGUUUCAACCCAUUGCUGCGAUACAUCAGUGUCAUCGCUAUUUUGGACUAGGCAAGAAUGCCUGUUAACAAAUACAAGUAAAUGGGGAGCUGCAUUUUUUCUGGAUAAAAAACACUAACACUGUCUUCUUUAUAUGUAAGAGUUUAUGAUCUACGCGGAGUACAAAAAAAGAUGUCGAUAGUUAUGCUGUAAUUGCUGCUAGACACUCAAGGGAGGAGUGUGUAUCAACUUUAGGCUUACAGUACAUGAACUUAAUUUUCAUGCACUCUAAUUAUCAGUAUUUAUAACAUCUAAUUCUUGGAAAAACACUAAUAUUUUUUUGAAACUACAUUUUGCUACAGCCACACCAUGCAGCUUUAUACAAAUCAGCACCACAGUUGUAGUUCAUCAGGUUUGCAAGGUAGGGUGGGAAAAAGAUAUAUUUACUGAAUAAACUAGUAAUUGCAAAGCGUGAAGGUGAUUUAUGUUGAGAAAAAGUAAAGAUUUGAAUUUAUUAUUUCGGAUACAACUUUGUGUCACUGAAUCGAAGGAGAAACAAUUAAAACUGAUGGCCUUAAUAAUAAUCAUACUGUUGAGUUGUCAAGGAUACAUUUGUGUUUUUGUGUUGAGAAAUAUUAAAGAUAUUAAAAGUAAACCUUUACAAGGUGACAGUCAGGAAAACAUCUUAAUUACUACAUUUUCCCCUGAGAAUGAAAGGAAUGUCAGCCCUUUUUUCACAGACACAUGAGUGGACGCAGGUCAAUAGAAAAUAAUAGGCCGGGGAAAAAAACAUUUUUGUGAAACUAAUACAUUUUGUGUUUUGGACCAAUGUAGCUAUUGCACAUUUUGAUGUGAGGCUGGGCUGCAUCUCAUAAUCAGGGCCAUCAGAUCUUGACAGUUUCCAUAUUUUUUCCGUAGUAAAUCUGUUUUUGUGAAAUCUGCAAUUUUAACUAAUGGCCUGGUUUUAUACAGGACUCACAGUUUUGACAUGGACUCAUUUUUAAUUUACAGCAGUACAUUAAGAGGAUCAGACAUGGAGUGCAUCUGUGUCUUUAGUGUAAGCUUUUGGGUUUUGUCUCAUCAAUGGUGCUCAUUCAUGUUUACACAGGUUUGAAAUCAAACAGGAGCCAUGAGGUCAUGUCUUAUGAUCUAAAAAGAAUGACAACAAAUGUGUCUGACUUUGUUGGUGUUGAUUGCAUAAAGCUGUUUCCCUCUUUU